CCGCAGACGGAGCGAGGCGGCGGCGGCGGCGGCGCGGCGCAGGGCGCGGGGCGGCAUGGCCACCACCGCGCAGUAUCUGCCGCGGGGCCCCGGCGGCGGAGCCGGGGGCACCGGGCCGCUCAUGCAUCCCGAUGCCGCCGCGGCGGCGGCAGCCGCGGCGGCGGCCGAGCGGCUGCACGCGGGGGCCGCGUACCGCGAAGUGCAGAAGCUGAUGCACCACGAGUGGCUGGGCGCGGGCGCGGGCCACCCCGUGGGCCUAGCGCACCCUCAAUGGCUACCCACGGGAGGAGGCGGCGGCGGCGACUGGGCGGGCGGCCCGCACCUGGAACACGGCAAGGCAGGCGGUGGCGGUACCGGCCGAGCUGACGACGGCGGCGGUGGUGGCGGUUUCCACGCCCGCUUGGUGCACCAAGGAGCGGCCCACGCGGGCGCGGCAUGGGCACAAGGCGGUACAGCGCACCACUUGGGCCCCGCCAUGUCGCCGUCGCCCGGGGCCGGCGGGGGUCACCAGCCCCAGCCGCUCGGGCUGUACGCUCAGGCGGCCUACCCGGGUGGCGGCGGCGGCGGCCUGGCCGGGAUGCUGGCGGCGGGAGGCGGCGGCGCGGGACCCGGCCUGCACCACGCGCUGCACGAGGACGGCCACGAGGCACAGCUGGAGCCGUCGCCACCACCGCACCUGGGCGCACACGGACACGCACACGGACAUGCACACGCGGGCAGCCUGCACGCGGCGGCGGCGCACCUGCACCCGGGCGCGGGCGGUGGUGGCUCGUCGGUGGGCGAGCACUCGGACGAGGAUGCGCCCAGCUCCGACGACCUGGAGCAGUUCGCCAAGCAGUUCAAGCAACGACGCAUCAAGCUGGGCUUCACCCAGGCCGACGUGGGACUGGCGCUGGGCACCCUCUACGGUAAUGUGUUCUCGCAGACCACCAUCUGCCGCUUCGAGGCCCUGCAACUGAGCUUCAAGAACAUGUGCAAGCUCAAGCCGCUGCUCAACAAGUGGCUGGAGGAGACCGAUUCGUCCAGCGGCAGCCCCACCAACCUGGACAAGAUCGCGGCGCAGGGCCGCAAGCGCAAGAAGCGCACGUCCAUUGAGGUGGGUGUCAAAGGCGCUCUCGAGAGCCACUUUCUCAAGUGUCCCAAGCCGUCUGCGCACGAGAUCACCGGCCUGGCCGACAGCCUGCAACUGGAGAAGGAGGUGGUGCGCGUCUGGUUCUGCAACCGGCGGCAGAAGGAGAAGCGCAUGACCCCCGCGGCCGGCGCGGGCCACCCGCCCAUGGACGACGUUUAUGCGCCUGGGGAGCUGGGGCCUGGCGGGGGCGGCGCGUCGCCACCCUCCGCGCCCCCGCCACCCCCGCCGGCCGCGCUGCACCACCAUCACCACCACACACUGCCCGGCUCCGUGCAGUGACCCUGCGGACUGGGUUCCCCGCCGGCGCAGCGGUGCCUCCAGCGCGCAGGCAGCGCGCGCGGCCUGGACUCUUUUUGUUGUUUAUUCGGUUGCUUUGGAUUUUACAAAAAG